AGACACGCUACAAAAUAAUAAUGUUUGGUAUUGAGACUCAUAUUUUUUCAUGAUUACAAGUAUCAAACGACUUCACUGGAGUUACACCACAGAGAAAAUCUCUGCAUAAUUCACUCUAUGCAAAUGAAUAAACUGACCCUCAGGAAACCCCAUACUGAAAUACGUGUCCUCACUUUGACUUGAAUCCACCAACAAGAGAAAUGGCAGUCAUGAAUCCGGGCAAUGCAAGCAUUCCAAAGUUCUUCAUCCUAUUGGGUUUCUCUGAUCAUCCCUGGUUGGAAAUGCCACUCUUCAUAAUGGUGCUUGUGGCUUACAUCUGCACACUAGUGGGAAACAUCUCCAUUAUUGUUGUGUCCAAGGUGGACCCUCAUCUUGACAGCCCUAUGUACUUCUUCCUUUCCAACCUCUCCUUUCUGGACCUGUGUUUUACCACAACCACCAUCCCUCAGCUGCUGCUGAACCUCUGGGGCCCAGAUAAGUCCAUCAGCUAUGGAGGCUGUGUGGCCCAGUUCUAUUUGUUUCACUUCCUGGGAGCCACAGAAUGCAUCAUCUUGGCAGUCAUGUCCUUGGAUCGGUACAUAGCCAUCUGCAAGCCCUUGAGGUACCCAGCUAUCAUGCAUCAGAGACUCUGUGUGUCCCUAGUGGCCAUGGCGUGGAUAAGUGGCUUGGCUAACUCCUUGCUUCAGGCAUCCCUCACUGUCCAACUGCCACUUUGUGGUAACAACAAGGUGGAUGACUUCCUGUGUGAGAUUCCAGUGAUGAUCAAGAUGUCCUGUGUUGACACCACUUUCAAUGUAACUAUGCUCUCUGUCGUGGUGACAUUAUUUACCUUGAUUCCUUUGUCUCUUAUUCUUGUCUCCUAUGGGUUCAUUGUAGCUACAGUGCUCAGAAUUCGUUCAUCAAUGGGAAAGAAGAAGGCCUUCAACACCUGUGGCUCUCAUGUUAUUGUUGUCUGUCUCUUCUAUGGGCCAGUAAUGUGCAUUUAUGUGCAACCUUUUGGUACUAACUCCCAGGACAAGAACAAACUCAUGGCCCUGUUCUACAGUCUGCUGACUCCUAUGCUUAACCCUUUUAUCUAUACUUUGAGGAACAAGGACAUCAAAGGGGCAAUAAGGAGACUUCUCCCAUUGAGCCAUCAGGGAAGAGAAUAAGCACCACCAUUUUAUACUCCACACUCUCCAUGUAGGACUCCAAAGAGCCCCUUCUCUAAAUUACUUCUCAAUUUUUCCUCCUCCAAAAUGGUUAGUAUCCCUCAGUAACUAUCCAAUCUACAUGUAUGUUUAUUCACCACAGUGCUGUGAUUGUUGGCCCUCAUUUUGCAAUGUGAACCCUAAUUCCCAUUUGCCUUCAAUUUGCAUGAGACCGAGUCCCUGUUUAAAUCCUCUUAGUCCAUCUAGGGAUUCUACCUUAGGAAUCUGAAAAGUAUGCAAUGAAUAAAUGUUCACUAACUGACUCAUUCAACAUCAACCAUUUAUGUGUAAUUUUAUAAAAAUAAUGCAAGUAAUAUAAACCACAGUUAUCCUUCUUACUAUUAUGGGAUAUGAUAUUAUAAGUAUGAUUUGCUAAUUAACUAUUUUUAUUGAAGUAUAAUUGAUAUAGAAUGUUAUAUUAGUUUCAGGUAUACAACAUAGUGAUUCAACAAUCAUAUAUGUUAUCAAAUGCUCACCAUGGUAAAUGCAGUCACCAUCUUUCACCCUAGAACAUUAUUUAUUACAAUAUUAUUAACAAUAUUCCCUAUGCUGUACUUUUCAUCCUUGUGACUAUUUUAUAACAAGAAGUUUGUGUCUCUUAAUCUCCUUCACCUAAUUUGUCCAUCUCCCUACCCCAACCCUUCUGGCAACAGUUUGUUCUCUGUAUUUAUGAGUCUAUUUCUGUUUUUUGUUGUUGUUGCUUGCUCACUUUUUAUUUUUUUAGAUUCCACAUAUAAGCAAAAUCAUAUGGUAUUUGUCUUUUUAUUCCUGACUUAUUUCACUUAGGAUAAUACUCUAAUUUUCACACAUGAUGUUGCAAGGUUUUUUUUUUCUUUCUUUUUUAUGGCUGAGUACCAUCCCAUUGCGUCUGUGUGUGUAUAUAUAUAUUCUUUAUCCAUUCAUCUACGUUGGAUACUUGAGUUACUUCCAUGUCUUGGCUAUUGUUAAUAAUUCUGGAAUAAACAUAGGA